AUGCAAAGGAGAUAAGAUUCAAACAAUAACAGAAUUCGAAUAUCUAUAGAUCGUUCAGUUGAAGUCAGAAAUACACGAACAAAUAUCUCUCCGUUGCAAUCGAAUCAUUUGAUAUCUCCCCAAAUUUACAAACACCUCAAAUUACCUUCAAUUAAACAAUCGAGGUCUCCUAGUGCCAGAAAUCAAAAAAACUCUCCCAAAAAUGUGGCAUCACUAAAUUAAUAAACAACAGAGUUAAUCAAAAAGUUAUCGAAUAAUAGCGUAAAAUAAAAACAUCACAGAUUCAAUACCGAAAACAGACGCAAAAGUUCUUUAAGUUAAAAUAAAUUGGAACCGCAAACCAAGUUAACUUCAAAAUAUAAGCGAACUCGAUCUAUCUCCAAUAUGGUUUCCAAAAAUUCAUUAAUUGUCUCCACAUAAUUUGAGGAAGAAGAGAACUUGCCUAAACAAAUCAAAUUGCGUACUAAUCUCCCUUAAAAUUAAAUUAAGGUCGAAAUUGUUGAUAAACUUCAAUCUAACCUUGAACAAUAUCAAAACAGAUAUUCUAAGUUUAAGGCUCAAAAUAACGAAACCUAUCAGAGAAGCGAAAAUCAAGAAUUAAAUAGUCUUCGAUAAUCAUUAUUUUCCAUCAUCGAAAAUAGCAGAGUUUAGAGACACAAAUUCUAUCAAUUAGGGAACACAGACUAAUAAUUACAAUUGUUGGAAUAAUUAUAUCUAUAAAAUGAAAAGCUUGUUCGAAAUUAUGUCUAAAUUAGAUAGGAAGCUUAAUAAAUCGAUUUGAAAGUCAAAUCCAUUUCAAAUCAAAGAAAACAAUUUAGAAUAUAGUGA